AUGGAUUGUGUAGAAAUAGAGAGGGGAGACAAGAGAGACUGGUUGGAGAUAAUGGAGGAGGAUGAAGGAAUGGAAGGAUUGUUGGACACUGUUACUGUACCAGAAAAAGAAAACAGAGAUGGACUACAUGAAGCUCGACUUAAAGAGGGAGAAGGAAGAGACGUUGGACCCAGGGAAGAAAGAAGGAACGGGAACUUUACAAUGGAGGAUGAAUUGAAACCCAAAAUAGGAAAAGAGUUUGGAAGCUGGGACGAAGCAUGGGAAUUUUGGCGAGAUUAUGCUAGAAGAACUGGUUUUGGGGCUAGAAAGUAUAAUGGUACAAAAAGCAGAAAAGAUGGAUCACUUAUUACAUAUAGAUAUGUGUGUUCUAAAGAGGGUAUUCGAAAAGAAGGUAAACAGGAGACAUAUUCUUCUAAGUACCGAGCAGAAACAAGGACUAACUGCAAGGCAAAAAUGAUAGUAUCUAUUGUUGAUCAGAGGCAUAAAAUUACUAAAUUUGAUGAAGAGCAUAAUCAUCCCCUUCACACACAAGAAACUGUGCACUUGUUAGCAUCUCAAAGAAACUUAUCAGAAGUUGAUGCUUAUGGAAUUGAGCUAGCAAGAAAGUCUGGACUUCAACAGAAGGCUACAUUUGAUUUAAUGAGUACAUAUGCCGGAGGCAAAGCAAAUCUUGGAUAUACUCAAGUUGAUAUGCAAAAUUAUUUGCAAUCUAGAAGGCAAAAAAGUAUGAAAUACGGAGAGGUAAGAUGUCUGUUUGAAUAUUUUCAAAAGCAGCUUGCAGCGAAUCCUGCAUUCUACCAUAAAUAUCAGGUGGACACAGAAGAAGAAAUUACUAAUGUGUUUUGGGCGGAUGCUGGAAUGCUAAUAGAUUAUGCACUUUUUGGUGAGGUUUUAUCUCUAGAUACAACAUUUUGUACAAACCGUGAUCAUCGACCUCUUGCAAUAUUUUCUGGCUUUAAUCAUUACAGAAGUGUAGUCAUUUUUGGUGCAGCAUUGUUGUAUGACGAGACCACUGUGUCUUUCAAGUGGCUAUUAGAAACUUUCCUGGAAGCUCAUAUGCAGAAAAAGCCUAAAACUGUGUUUACAGAUCAAGAUCAAGCAAUGGCAAGAGCUUUGAGUGAAAUUCUUCCUGAUACAAAGCAUUGUUUAUGCACUUGGCAUUUAAAGCAAAAUGGUAUUAAACACCUUGGAAAUUUAAUGAAAGAUGGGUCACAUUUUUUGACCGACUUCUGUAAAUGCAUGUCUAAAAUUUCAGAGGAAGAAAAGUUUGAAGAAGCAUGGAGCCAAUUAAUAUCUUCUUAUGAUGUCCACAACAAUCCAUGGUUGACUUCCAUGUAUAAUAUCAAAGAGAAAUGGGCUUGGUGCUAUGUAAAGAAUGCUUGCACAUUAGGCAUGAGAAGUACACAGCUUAGUGAAAGUGUGAAUGCUGAUGUAAAAAGAUGCACAACUCCAAAUUUAGAUAUCAAUGAAUUCUUUACCACUUUUGACAAAGUUGUUUCAGAGAAGCGAGACAAGGAAUUGAAACUUGAGUUUGAUUCCCGGCAAAAAAUUCCUAGGAUGGUCAAUCAGAGUGCGCCUAUAUUGCGUCAACUUGUGCUAACUUAUACCCCUGGUGCAUUUGACAUGUUCCAAGCACAAUGGGAUCUCCAAUUCUCUGUGAUGUUAACUCAACGUGAUGAAAAUGGACCAUUAUACAUAUACAUUGCCCACAUGAUUGAUGAAGAAGGGGAAUGGAGAAUUGAGUUUAAACCUGAUACACAUGAAAUAUCUUGCACUUGUGGAAUGUUUGAAACCACUAGGAUAUUGUGCUGUCAUGCAUUGAAGGUGUAUGAGUCAAAUGAUGUGAGAAUUAUGCCUGAGCAAUACAUUAUUAAGCGAUGGACCAGGGAAGCAAGGAGUGGUGUUGUGUAUGAUGUUAGGGGGAGUGAGAUACAAAGAGAUCCUAAACUUGAAAUCACACGAAGAUUUAGACACUUAAUGUAUAAGAUGGUAAGAUUGGCAACAAAUGCGGCAAAGACUCAUGAAAGUUUUGAGUGUGUUGACAAAUACAUCACUGAGAUAGAAAAUAAAGUUCCGAACAAUAAUGAAGAUGUUCUUAACCCAAGUAUAGCACCAAUGGGAGGGCAGCUGAAGAAAAAGAAAUCUCAUCACUUGAAGUCAUAG